AUGCCCUCCAUCACCAAGACCGUCCUCGCCCUAUUCACAACCCUGGCGGCCAUAGCCGACGUCGCCCAUGCGGGCAUCCAGUCGUGCCCCGGGGACGCCUCGACACUGGUCGGCGACGGGCGGCAGUACUCGAUCUGCUACGGGACCGACUACCGCGGCGAGACUCGCGAGGAGAUCCCGAACAUCGAGUCCGUCAGGGAGUGUGGCCUCAUCUGCGACGGCGCCAGGUUCAGCCGGGGUUGGGACUGCACGCGCGUCUCGUACAGCCCCUCGCAGCUGACCUGCUACCUCAAGGUCUCGACGGGGGUGGAGUGGGUGGUUGACCAAAAUUACGACACGGCCGUCCGGACAUAA